AUGUCCUCACCUGAUGUCGAGGUCAAGUGCUUCUCACAGCGUGUUGCCAACGGUAUAUAUGACCAUGUUGCUGACACCAUUACGAGCCUUGGGAAGGAUGGCUUGGGCAAAGCAGAUUUUGGAAUUGAUUGGACCAUGACCAUUCAAGACAAUUACAGCGGGACCAGCUGGUCCUAUGUCAACACCAAGGAUGGUCGCCCAUUCAGGACGAACAUCAUUGGACAAAUCACGACUUCGACAUGUGGCACAAAGCAUUCCGCGAAAGGCACGCACUUCACCAAGAAAAACAUACCGCUAAGCAAUUCAGACACAGUCAAAUGGAAAUGGGCAAUUUCCAAACUGACACUAUGCUCCCCAAAUCUGACAGAUAUAUGGGAGAAUCAGUUGACGUCGAUUGAGGACUGGGUCAGCGAGGAAAGCAAGAGAGCGGCAACGGGUUCGAAAAUAAAUGCAUGCAUCACUAAAAGUGCCAGCGACCUCCAAUACGUGGACCUUAUCAUGCUGACUUCGCAACGCAUCUAUGAGAAACCAGAAGGCGUUAACACCAACCAAGAUGCCACUCCUCGACAAACGAAACUGAAAGAACAUCGAAGACAGUAUGGUAGGGCAGCAGAGCAUAGCAGCAUCGACGAACUCGAUAGCAACCUCGAGCACCAACGAGCACUAUACGACCUGAGGAUCCUACCUGACUACCAAUGGCCAGCCGACCGGCAUGCGUACCAAACAGUGUCGGUCAAAUCGGUCACUAACAGACCCUUUCAGACUUUCCAGCUCGGCAUACAAGCCAUAAAAGUCCUGCAUCUUUCUGAUGAACCCGUCGAAGAACGCAUGAUCCCAAUCCUUUCCAUGACGUCCAUUGACAUGUCGAAAGACGACUCUGCCAUUGCAGGGUUCUCUACAUUCGACGUCAGCAUCAGCUCUGCCAAAAAAAACAAGCACACGAAUGGACAGAAGAAUAAGGGAGGGAAGGGAAAAGAGAAAGAGAAAAUGGACUAA